CCGCUAUGGCCAAUGAGGCGGUUGUUAGCAGAUAAGCGACCAUAUCUCUUAAAAGAAAGAAUAUGUUUAAUGAAUGUGAAUUAGAUUAUCAAAGCUGUAUAAACCAGAAAAGAACUACACUAUCUAUUUCCCGGGGACUGCAUUUUAAUUCGUGUCCCCUUGAAGACUACAGUUUGCUCGUGGCUAACGGCGAAGCUCACCAACCGAUAAUAACGUGCCGCCAGGUAGGAGAUAGGUUAGUGGGUAACCUUCACCUAUGUACCGAGAUCUUUCCGUAGCCGUGUUCUCUUGUCGUGUCGGCUGUUUAAAAUGGGAGUAGUUUUGAGGAACCUCCAGAAGGUGGUGCCUCUUCGGCGCGCCAGGCUGCGCAGGGACGUGGACACGCUGAGACACAUACUGGGCAUCCAGAAGUUCGACCUGGGCAUCAUCUGCGUGGACAACCAGAAGAUGCAGCAGAUCAAUCACAUCUACAGGAAGAAGAACACCCCCACGGAUGUCCUGUCUUUCCCAUUCUACGAGGACCUGAGGCCCGGGAAGUUGCCCUGCCCCCUUCACAGAGACGAGCUGAACCUUGGAGAUAUCUUCCUUGGGGUGGAGUUUGUGAUGAAGCAGUGUCAGGAGGAAUCCCUGGAUCUGCACGGAGCGCUGACUGUUGUCACUGCGCACGGGAUCUGCCACCUGUUGGGCUACAGGCAUGAGACAGAGGAAGAAUGGACUGAGAUGCAGCAGAGAGAAAACUACAUCCUGAGCGAGUACAGCAGACUCACAGGCCGACACCUAGACCCCCUGAUGAAGAGGUGCAGUCAGGACAGGUGACCCUGACUGCUGCCUGCAGGCCUGAGAUUAAAUAUUGCACUAUGUGAUGGUGGAAACUGCUUCUAUACUGUUGUGGUUCUUAUAUUUAUUUGAAGACACCCACUGCAGUCUGUAUUAUAAAACGACUUGUCACUAAACAGUCUGACGUCCUGAAAAAACACUUGAUGUGAGCUCUGCUGAAGAGUUUCAAACACCAAAAAACGUCUCAGUUCUUUCAUUGGAAUAUUUUAUUAAAAUCUGCUUUAGGAAGAGUCGGUUGUGUAUGAAGGGUAGAAAAAGCUGUUCAUUCUCACUUCACUAAUACAUGUUAUGCUCUUUACACUGCGUGUGGGACAGCAUGUUCAGGAGAGGCAUUUAAGAAACGUCAAUCAAUGCAGACAUUAAAACACCUGGAGAAUUAACACAGCGUGGUGCAACAGGAAGUCGGCUAAUCGGUGCACACUUCCUAAAAUCCCCAAAUAUAAAGACAGAAGUUGUGUCAAAUUUGGUCUGCAGUGAUUUAAUUUUUAGAAAUUAAUGCUAUGUUGUGCUAAUUUGAGGGAAUAAUCUGCUGUACAGAUUAAGUCUAUAAUAGCAUGUUUAUGAGUGAGCUUUUUUUUUUUCUCCUUUCACAGAAUAAAAGUUACACAGCCAGUGCCCAGUAAUAAACAGAAUAUUCCACAUACUUCAUGCCUGACAGGAACUGAUUAAUAAAGUGCCCCUUUUAUGCUUUCUUUUUUUUUUUAAAA